UCCAAUACACUAAUGUUUUUAAAAAGCAAAAAUUAAAUGCAUUGCCACUUUUCAGACAGACUUAAACUGAACCUUAAUUCUGAAACACUUAUUACCCACAGUGUGUGCCCUGGACUGGUGAUGAUGAUGAUGAUGAUGUUGAUGAUGAUGAUGAUUAAUAUUAUUAUUAAUGCAUGGCCAUUAUUACACAAGUAAAAAAAUCCAGUCUUGCUAAUUUAAUAAACACUUUGACUUCUUUUAUUGCUAUUUUUGUAUUGCAAUUACGUGACUCAUAGUUUAAAUGUGUAGUUGUAUUAUCUUGAGACAUGUUGUAUGAUAUCAUUAUUCAUUACCAAUAUUCGCGACGUCUUAAUAUAAAAUCGUUACGCAAAUUGCGCAAAUAUUCGCGCUGAGGCGCUCAGUACAGGAAUCACGUGACACGGAUGUACAGUCACUGAAGCUUCUGGCACCAAAAUCACGUGACAAAAGUGUGUGAAGCCGUACUGAAGCUUCCUGUACAGGAGGCGGUAAUAUUGUACUGUUAAACAAGAAACCCAGAAAGGACUGCAGAUGAACCUGUUCACCGGACGCGUGUGAACAUACAGUUAGCUGCACUGAAAUCCCCUGUGCAGAGGUAAUUUUUCUUACGUGAUUUAUCAGUCACUGUGUAAGGUUUCUAAGGAGUCCUCACUGGGUCAUGUGUGGCCGAACUGCGUGCACACUUGCGCCGGAUGAAAUCAGCCGAGCUUCCAGAUACCGCAGUCGUGCAGGACAAUACAGACGACCUCGCUGGCGAGAUGGAGAUUCAGAAAAGUACCGACCGUCGUACAACAAAAGCCCGCAAUCCUUGAGCCCAGUCUUGUUGUCCCAGAAGCAUUUUGACAAGGCUGCCCCAGCGGACGAGUGUGUCCUUGCUGCCAUGCGCUGGGGCCUGGUACCAUCCUGGUUCCGGGAGAGCGACCCAAGCAAAAUGCAGUACAGCACCAGCAACUGCCGCAGCGAGAGUCUCCUGGAGAAGAAAUCCUACAAGGAGCCGUUGUUGAAAGGUCAGCGCUGUGUCAUCCUGGCUGAUGGCUUCUAUGAAUGGCAGCAAUCUGAGAAGAAGCAGCCCUUCUUCAUCUAUUUCCCUCAAAGCAAAGAGGAGGGAUCAAGGGAGGCUAUUAAAGUCCAGUCAGAGGGGGAGAACCCUGAGGACACAAAGGCUCUGGAGGAUGACGACAGACCAUGGAAAGGAUGGAAGCUUCUAACCAUGGCAGGGCUGUUUGAUAGUUGGACACCCCCUAGUGGUGGUGAGAAGCUAUACACCUACACCAUCAUCACCGUGAAUGCCUCUCCAGGCUUGCAAAGCAUCCACCAUCGGAUGCCAGCAUUGCUGGAUGGAGAAGAAGAGGUGAGAAAAUGGCUGGAUUAUGGUGAAGUCCGUUCCCUGGAUGCCCUCAAGCUUCUUCAGCCCAAAGACAAACUGACCUUUCACCCUGUCUCCUCAUUUGUCAACAAUGCGCGUAACAACUCUCCAGAGUGCCUGCAGCCUUUCGAGCCUGGGAGCAAGAAGAUGCAGCCGUCAGCCAGCAGCAAGGCCAUGAUGAGCUGGCUGCAGAAGGCCACUCCGGAGAAGAAAACUGAGCCAAAAGCUUGUCCCAAACGCAAGAGGACGGAGGAGGAAGGCAAGCAAGUAGGACCGCUACACAAGUGGCUUCAGAAGAACGCGUGAAAUAGACAACCCUCAUCUUGUGGGGCCCCAUUUUAGAAUUGGAUUAUUGACAAUACAUUUCAUAACAGUCAAGAGUUCAAGCAUUCAGAAUUUUUUUAACAAGAAAUAAACGGUGUUUUCUUA